UAUUUGUGGAUAGUGCAACACUUGUUAUCAAAAUACAGGUUACACAAGUCUGCGUUAGUAAUUUGUUAUCUUGCCAGAUUCCUAUUCAUACCUGUAGAUCUUUUUCAUACAAAAACUUAUUGAAUAAAAUGUUUAUAAAUAACGAUAAAUGUGAAUCAGUCUGAAAAAACCUGAAACACAUGCAGUAGCUGUAAUUUUGUAUAACGGUUUCGAACGACGCAGUAUUAUUAACCGAAUUUGUACUUACAGUAGUGAUCGAUCGAAAACCAUUUCACCUUAACUAGAAAUUAUAGAUAUGCGGCAUUGCUUUGUUUCGCAACAGAGAAAACAGAGCUAAUUAGUAACAUUAGUAAAGCAAUUACAAUAAGAAAUAAUACAGAUGUCUUUAAACAGCUAAUCUUAACAAUUCACGUGACUUACAAUAUUUCUAAUGUUGGAGAGAGAAGACAAAAGGAAUUGCUGGGUGGGGGAUUAGGAAGAGAACGUAACCGAAAGCUGGUGGCAGGAGACCAGCAGCAUCCAUAACCAACGGAGAAAAGGUGCUUGUACCCUAUAUUAAUGAUAACAACGUACAUUUCCGGCUGCUUUGAUGUUUUUCCUCUGUUUACAUUAAGGUCAAAAUUUCGAUGGUCGGCUUACAAUCGAAGGAAAUAUAAUUGUUUUUAAGAACGUUUAUUUUCCAAGCAGCAAAUAAAUCAAUAUUCAGGUUUUAGCAACUUCAUUUCAUUCAUCAAUUACCUCGAAUGAAAAUACUCGAUUGAACUGUUCAGUUUUCAUAGAUGCUACAAUUGUUUACUGCUAUGUUUACUUGAAGGGAAAAUGCAUUGGUGACGUUCAACUUGCUGCUACUGUCUCAACCACAAUGAAUUAAAUUUCAUUUAAGAAAACAUCAAAACUCUUUCUUUCUAAUAUUUUGAAUAAUAUCCAGCAUAAAAAUGACUUCAGCAAAAUUCCGUGAAGAAUUUGACAAAUAUGACCCCAUUGAUGUAGAAGGUGUAGUUAUUGAGCACAAAAAAUGGAUUGCUGAACGCAUGCGACGACAUCGCAGUACAAUGUGGAUUAAUCUUGCAUCACUUUGUUUGAGCUUAUUGCUUAUUAUAAGCACUUUUAUACCACUCCGCAACUUGUUAUCAACCAUGUACCCUGAAAAUGGACUUGGCUACUUUUCUCUUUGUUGUAUUUAUGCAAGUUAUGUCAUAGGAUGUUAUGCAUUAUCUGCGAUUGCUCAUUACAUUCAUCCAAAAGGAGCAAUUGUUCUUGCCAUUAUUGGACAUUCUAUUUUUGCAGGAUCACAUCUUUACCCAUCAUUUGAAACCUUAAUUCCAGCUUCUUGCAUUCUUGGUCUUUGUCAAGCUGUUCUUUGGCGAUCACAAGAACUUCUGUGUACCAGUUAUGCUGCCAACUUUGCAGCUUUAUCAGGAAUAAAUGUCAGCGAUGUUUUAAAACGUUUCCAUAUGGCACUUAUACUAAGUGUUCAGUUGGCACAAAUAAUGGGUAAUUCUUUAGUUUCCUUUAUCUUCUUUCAGCAUCAUACUUUAAAUAAAGCUCAUUUCACUGAAAGAAUCAACUCAACUUUAACAUUUUCAUCUGAUGAAGCUGCAAUGAUUGGCUCAUCAAAUCGUGCUGUAAGAGACAUUUCUUAUAUUCCAUCUGAGCCAUUGUCAGUUCAACAUUUUCAUUCACCAUUUGCUCAUGACCAUCCAUUUGCUGCUAUGAAUGUUGAUUACUGCCCAAAAGAGCCAUUAAGUAUAGUUAAUACAUAUGCUGGUGAAUUUCAUACAGUAAAAAUUGUGUUUUUAUCUUUUACAAUUGCUGCACUGGUUAUGGUCUCAGUCUUUCUCCAUAAACCAGAUAUUUUGGUUCAAAAAAGAAAUCUAGAGUUUAAACAUCAGUUGCAUGAAAUUUUUCAUGUUUGGGUUGAAAAAAGGUGGCUUCUCACAACUGGUGUAGUAUUUUAUUCUGGGAUUCAACAAGCUCUUAUUGUUGGAGAACUAACAAAGAUAACCAGCAUAUGUAGUCUAGGAGUUCCUUAUUUAGGAUUCUUGAUGGUGACAUUUGGACUGGGCAGUUUUUUUGCAGACACAAUCAGUAGCCGAAUUCAAAAAGUUGGAGGUCGAAUAUUAACUGGAAUUGCUGGUUUUAUGGUUUCUGGAGGACUUCUCUCCCUAACAUUGUUGUGGAGACCAGAUGAAGCUGGAUCAACACUUGUAUUUGCUUUUAUAGGAGGUUGGGGAAUUGUUGAUGGCAUCUGGCAGUCUCAGAUUACAGCCUUAGUGAAGACCCAGUUCAUUGAAUAUGGAGAAGCUGUGAAAGUUAAUGCACACGUUCUUCAGGCUUUAGGAUCUGCUAUUGCUUUUGGUUAUGCUCCAUUUGUGUCAUUCUCAACCAAAGCUUAUGUAUCGCUAGCAUUUGUUGCAUGGGCAAUAAUGGGUUACAUUGUCUGGGAAUCAACAACAGUGACAUUCCAAAUGCGUUCUAUGUCAUCCAGUGUUUGAGUUACAUUGAGCGUUGAUAGUGAACCCUAGAGACGAAAAUUGUACAAUUCUGAUACACAUGUAGCAAUUAUUGCUGAUAAUUCUAGGCUUGACUGAUUGACUGCAAGUAAAUAGAGAAUACUGAUGAUAAUGAGUUGAUACGUGGUAAAAGAUGAUUAAGUGGUUUGUUUUUGGUUGUUUUUUUCUUGCCUUUAAUUUUUUCCCCCAUUUAACAACCCAACAAAACAUUUCUUCAAUCUUUUAUAAAGACUGAAUUUAAUAGAAAUGAAUUUUCUUUUUUCUUUUCAUUUUUGCUCUUAUAUAGAACUAGACUGUUUGAAAAAAGAGCAAAAUCUCAUGUCUUUCAUAAUUGUUCAUGAAUGCAAUUAUUUUAGUAUUUAAAUGUGCAUUAGCCCUUUAGCAUUCAUAAUAGUAACAGUGUUAAACAAGUUGAUGUAUCCUUAUCAAAACAGGGAGAUUAUGAAACUAGGUAAAACACAUCACCUUCAUGAUUCAUGGAGGAGGAUAGAUAUGACUAGUUUGAAUGCUACUUGGUUAAUUGCAGAUAUAAUUGAUGGUUUACUAUUUAAAUGGGUACAUCUCAUAACUCUUAGAAGACAGAGUAUGAUAGUCCUAGCAUUGCUGUAAAACGUGGACAUAGCACAGUUCUAUGAGGUUAUAUAAGAAGAUUUACCAUCAUAUAUCAGCACAGCACUGUGAAUACCAUUUAUUGUUUUCUUGUCAAACAAGCAAAUAUCAAAACUGUCAACUAUGAAUAUAAUUCAUGGCUUACUGCUAAAUAUAUUUAUAUGUGCAGAUCAGUUUAGAUCAUGAUCUCAUUUUUAAAAUGUCAAAAUUUAAUGUUUACUAUUAUAUAUUUCCAACUUAACUCUUAUUUAACCAACAUUUAACAUUAGCAUUUGCAUUAAUGCUUUCUGAUCAUCCUCACCAUCGCCAGCCUCAUCAUAUAUAUACACAUACAUACAAACACACACAAAUACACACAUGUGCGCAUGCACACACACACACAUCUAUGUGUGUAUAUGUGUGUGUGUGUGUGUUAUAUGUGUGCAUAUAUAUAUCCUACAGAAAAUGAAGUAAUUCUCAAAUGCAGAAUAGCUAUGGAAACAGUUUAGAAGAUUGGCUAAAAUACCCUUAGAAAAUGGUGAAAAAACGUGGCCAGCAAGCUUUUUUUCUGUCUUCUAAGGGUAUUUAGCUAAUCUCUAAGCUGUUUUCACAGUUAUUCUGCACUCGAGAAUUUCUUUAUUUUCUGGAGAAUACCAACUCAGUGCUUCUAAGUUUGUUUAUAAUAAUAAUAAUAUAAAUAUAUACACACACAUAUAUGUACACACACACACACUCACACGCACAUACACACACACACACACAUAUUUGCAUGUGCAUGUGUGUGUGUAUAUAGUGUAUAUAUAUGUUAUAUAUAUAUAUAUAUAUAUAUAUAUAUAUAUAUAUGUAUGUAUGUAUACACACACACAUGUGUGUGUGAGGGAUUUGCUCAUAACCUUAAAUUUCAUGUGUUAGUUCUUGCAAUUUUCAAAUGCUUAACAGUUGAAAUGGUACUAAAAAUCAUCAUGAUGUGGAAUUUUGAGACUUCAAAUGUUAUUUGGUUGUAUUAACCCCCCCCCCACCUCAAAUAAGGGACUUUAAUAGUGGUUGCUUCCCUUCCAUUAGUGUUUAUUUUAAUAAUGCUGGUAUAUCAGUGUACUGUCAGUAGUUUUGGGUGCAGAUAUACAUAUUUCAUGCAAAUUAAAGUCUAUGAAAAGUCAUAAUUCAUGGAGGAGGAUAGAUAUAACUAGUUUGAAUGCUACUUGGUUAAUUGCAGAUAUUAUUGAUGUUUUUUUUGUUUUUUUUAUCUAAAUGGGUAUAUCUCAUAACUCCUUGAAGACAGGGUAUGAUGGUCCUAGCAUUGUUGUAAAACAUGGGCAUAGCAUAGUUCUAUGUGGUUAUAUAAGAAGAUUUUUUAAAAAACCCUAAAGUAAGGCACUUUAGUUGUGGUUGCUUCCCUUACAUUAGUAUUGAUUUCGAUAAUACUGGUAUAUCAGUGUACUGUCAGUAGUUUGGGGUGCAGAUAUGCAUAUUUCAUGCAAAUUAAAAUCUAUGAAAAGUAUGCAUUUAUUAUUAUACCAGCUGAGUGUCCAAUUAUUGCCAGGUAAUUUUCACAUUAGAAUGUAUUUAUUUCAAUUUCUUUUAUUCCAUGUCAGACCAUGUCUUCUCUGAUGGAUAGGCCUCUUGAUCAGGACAGAUUUCUGCAUAAUUUGGAGUAAAUUAUAAUUUCUCAAUAGAUUAAGUUUUUGUUUUGCCAUUUAGUGCAUAGAUGUAAAGAUUUAUCUUAGCUGACUGCUUACGUUUUGUGAGGGUCUUUCAAUUCUGUUACCCUAAUGAAAUUCCUUAUGUACAUGCAUACACAUUCACACACACAUACACAGACAUGCACAUACUCAGUCUGAGUGAUAUACAGAGAAAGAGCAAGAGAGAGUGUGGAAAAUAUAUAUAGAGAUGGGGUAAGUUUACAAUGAGAAAAGCAUAAAAGAUAGAAUAGACAGAUAGAGAAAGGAAUCUUUUCUGUUGCUGUCACAGAUUUUGAAAUUUUAAAAUUAAGUGAAAAUUUUAAAAUUUGGUAUAUUAAUGCAAUUUUUCAUGCUGAAUUAGAUUUUGUGACUCAUUUACUCCAGAAAAAUGUUAGAAAAAUGUUACAAAGGUUUAAAGUUUGAUCAUUUUUACCCAAUCAGAAAAUAGGAUUUGGAAGCUAGUGUGUUCUGCAUGAUGACUGUCUACCACAAAAAGAAAACAGAAACAUUAUGUGGCUGAAAUUUUAAACAAAACAAAAGUAAAACAUUACAAGAACGAAAGUUGUAGGAAAUUUUAAUAAGUUUUAAUGAAUAAAGUCAUGUAAAACAGUCAAUUAGGCAUGUAAAUAAUUUACAUAGAGAUAGACAGAUGCUCUUAAUAUUGCAUUACAUGUCGUAUCAAGAGCGAGAUGGGGGAGUAGGGUGCAUGAGAGAUAUACAGAGAGAGAGAUAGAGAGAGAGAGAGAGAGAGAGAGAGAGAGAGAGAGACUAAGUGAUAAACAGUGUGGCAAAUAUAUAUAAAGAGGGGAAAGGUGUAAAAGACAGAGAGAUAGAUAGGAAGAGGUAUAUUUGAUAAUCUAAAUGUUGAGUUAUUCUCUUAGUAAAUUAUAUUUUUUGAUUAAUUAUAACGGAAAAACUUCCUUGAGAUUUAGAUUUUGAAAUUCAAACUUGUUUUUCUCAAGGAUGCACCAAUUUGGAGCCUUUCCAUAAUAUACACACAUACACUCUCAUUUAUAUAGUGGAUACAUAAAAAUGUAUACAUUUGUGUAUUAUACAAUCUAUUUUUGUAUGGGUGUGUGCUUACCAUGGUCAUAUGUAUCAAAAUUUAUAUAAAUAUCUACCUAUGUACACAUUCAUAUACAUGUGUACAAGCGAAUUCAUAUUUAUAUUGUAUGUGUGUGUGUAUAUAUAUAUAUAUAUAUAUAUAUGUGUGUGUGUGUGUGUGUGUGUGUGUGUAUAUAUCCUUUUACAUACACACAUGACUGUGGUCAUGCUGGAGCACCACCUCGGUGCUGGAGCCUACAUAUAUAUAGGCUCAUAUAUAUAUAUAUACAUAUAUAUAUAUAUAUAUAGAUAUAGAUAUAGAUAUAGGGUAAAGGAUUAUUAAUUUAUUAAUAAAUUAAUAAUUAAUAAUUUUUACCAAGUAGUUCGGUAUGUAAAAAACCAUUAUCGGUAAAGAACUUAU